GGGAGCUCCGGGGCCGGUGCGACGCUGCCGGGGCCGCCGCCGCCGCCCAUGGAACCCAACGGGACGGCGGCGGCGGGGGGCAACGCCUCGGCGGCGGGGGGCGGCGGCCCCGGGGGCGGCCCCCUGCUCAUCCCCUCGGCCUUCGGGACGGUGCUGUCGGUGAUGUACGUGGCCGGGGUGGCGGGGAACGUCUACACGCUGGUGGUGAUGUGCCACUCGGCGCGCUGCGCCGCCCCCAUGUACAGCUCCAUCGUCAGCCUGGCCCUGGCCGACCUGCUCUACCUCUCCACCAUCCCCUUCAUCGUCUGCACCUACCUGGCCCAGGACUGGUACUUCGGGGACCUGGGGUGCCGCAUCCUGCUCAGCCUGGACCUGCUCACCAUGCACGCCAGCAUCUUCACCCUCACCCUCAUGUGCACCGAGCGCUACCUGGCCGUCACCCGGCCUCUGGACACCCUGAAGCGGUCGCGAGGCUACCGGAAGGUCACGGCUGGGGCCGUCUGGUCCGUCUCGCUGCUCCUGACUCUGCCCAUGAUGCUGAUGGUCACCCUGACCGAGGGGGGCAAGGCAGAGGGCAAGGUGAAGAGGAUGUGUGCGCCCACCUGGAGCGUGGAUGCCUACCGGACCUACCUGACAGUGCUCUUCAGCACCAGCAUCAUGGCCCCAGGAAUCAUCAUCGGCUUCCUCUACACGCGCCUGGCCAGGACCUACCUAGAGUCCCAGAGGAACCCCCCCCACAAGGAAAAGAGCAAGAGGUCUCCACGGCAGAAGGUCCUCAUCAUGAUUUUCAGCAUCGUGCUGGUCUUCUGGGCCUGCUUCCUGCCCUUCUGGAUCUGGCAGCUGGUACGGCUCUACAGCAGCUCCCUGCAGCUCACCACCCAAACCCAAAAGUGCAUUAACUACCUGGUGACCUGCCUGACCUACAGCAACAGCUGCAUCAACCCCUUCCUCUACACCCUGCUCACCAAAAACUACCGGGAGUACCUGCGCAACCGGCACCGCAACUUCUAUAGGUUCACAUCCUCCUUUCGCAAGAGGGGCUCCAACCUCCAGUGCUCCUGGGGACGGUCCAUGUCCUCCAGCAACCAGUACGACUACAGCUCGGAGGCCCUGGGCAUGGCCACGCUGAAGGACAAGUGAGGAAGAGGAGGCGCUCCGGAGACACCAGGACCAGCAGAGCAUCUGGCCAAGGUAGAGCUUUGGGACACCUUAGCCCUGAAAGGUCCUAAAAACUCUUUUCUGGUGGGCACUAGUUAGGGGCAAGAAGUUGCGUGAACCCAGGUAGUGUGAGAUGCCUCUGAAUUUCGGGCUGGCACAGGGCUGUCAGGGGGGUCCUGCCGGCAGCCACCAGCCAUGUGGGACAAAUCCUUCAGGGUUUGGGGUGCAGAAGGUAAGGGGGAUGCUCAGAUGCACCGCAGACUCUUUUCCCACUUUGCUGUUUUGCCCGGCUCCGGCUCAGCACAGCCUCCCUGCCGUGUGGUUUUUGGGUGCUGUCUUCAGGGUGCAGCAGGGUCAGGUCCGCAAAAGUCUGAGGCUGCUGUUGGUUAGUGUAGCUGCGAGCCCUGGGUUUGCCCUAUGUAUUACCACUGCCUGAUUCCAGACAGCGUAGAGAGACCUUUAAGCCCCUUUUUCCUAUUGCUUGUUACGUUAUAGCACACUACAGUUUCACCAAGCUUAAAGUCUGUAUUUUAAAAUGCAUUGCAGCAGCACUUUGAACUCCAAGCAUGCAAAAAAUCAGAAGUUAAACUGUCAAAAACUGCAGGAUUACCUAAAAAAAAAUAAAAUAAAAUAAUGCAUUUUUUUAAGG